AAAAUAUAUGUAAUUUUGCUAAAGCAAUACAUUGCUGAAACUCGCAUGGAUUUCCAUAAUAGCUAAGAAAUGAUCAAAUUUGCAAUGUAAAAAGCACAACUACACAUAAUGAAGUGAUAACAUUGUGUUAUUAUGGUGACACUUUGAUAUCUACACAUUUUAAAAUGUCUUCAGCUUCUAUAACAUGCACGUCAUUAGAUUUCGAGGCAGGUUUCGGCCAUCGCCAUGAAAACGGCGCAGGAUGAGUGAAUGUUAACACAACCGCAGUGUGAAACACGCACGCAGAGGCCACACACUGGAACGGGCCACACCGUCCAGGUCCCGCCCAAAGGUCCGACCCCUUGAGGCAAACAAACCGGAUCAUAUGACGGCAGCUAAAGCGGAGCCGCACUCUCAUGCAGCAGCACAGUUACAGCUACACGCAGAGAAGGAGGACUUUCGGAAUUUGGGCUUAUUUUGUGGAGCCGUCGAUCAGUUUUUCUCCGAGCCCGAUGUCGGUGACACCUCCGGAGUCGCAUAAUUGAGUUCCUCCACUGAGAAGUCAGCUUGUUGCCGUUCAGCAAGGCAGCAGUGAAACUAGCGACCCUCUCCAGCAGGAACAGAUCGUGAAGCUGAGCGGAGACGAACCUGGCCAUUGCAGCCAUGCUGAUGUAUGACUACCCUCCAAAGACAAACAUGGAGACGUCAUUCUACCCUUCCUCAGUGACAACCCCAGAGACGUAUAGAGUGAUCUUUCCACAUCCAAGUGCCUUCUACCAAGUACCCAUGCAGGCCUUCGCCCCAUGCAACCCCACACAGACCCAGCAGGAGCCGGUGGACCUGUCAGUCAGCAAGCGCUCCUCUUCCACCUCAUCCAGAUCCUCCAUGUCUCCAGCAUCCCCCCUGGCCUCUCCUCCCAGCUCUCCGUCCCCAACCUACAGCCCGGCAAGCCGCGCCUCGCCCUCCACUCCGCCACCCGCUCACACGAUGCCUUAUCCACCCAUGGUCAUCCAAAGUUCAAGGGUUAUGGUGUCGCCCCUUGUGCUGCCCCUGCCCCUCAUGUACCCGUCACCUAUUCACCUUCAUCCGCCGAUAAUUGUGAGCCCACAAGUCCCCAGUGAAGAAGGCCAUCCUCCCAAUAAGUAUGUUCACUCUGCAACGCAUGACCUGCACAAGUCAAUCAAAACUGAUUCUCAAUCUGAGCUCUCUCAGGACACAUUGAACAACCAUGAGAUCAUAUCGUGUGUCAACAGGAUACCCCAGGAGUACAAGCACACCAAUCCAUCAGUGAUAGUUCGCACGGGUUCCAACCAUCCUCUGCCAGCCGAAUCACCUGAUACGUUGAAGAAGCGCAGAAUUCAUCGCUGCGACUUCUCUGGCUGCAACAAAGUGUACACCAAGAGCUCUCACCUCAAAGCACACCGUAGAACGCACACCGGAGAGAAACCCUACAAGUGUGUGUGGGAAGGCUGCACAUGGAAGUUCGCCCGUUCAGACGAGCUAACAAGACACUUCCGGAAGCACACAGGAGUCAAACCGUUCCAAUGUCCAGACUGUGAACGAAGCUUCUCACGCUCAGACCACCUGGCUCUGCACAAAAAACGCCACCUUCUGGUGUGAAAUCCUCUGUGCAGGCCAGGGUUCAUUGUUGGGACUUCACCACUUUGACUUCAUGGUGUUAAAAUGGCUGACUGAUAGGGAGUGGGGAUAAUAUUCCUCAGACUGCGUAUUUGGAACCCUUUUACCUCCUAAGUAAGAGCUGGUAAUGCCUUGCUACUCUGUUCAGCUUAUUUAGACAUUUAUGGUUGCUGCAUCAGACCUCUGAUCAGCUGUGGAAGGUCCUGAGUGGCUGUAGCAUCUCAGCUGGCUUGAGAGCAGCACCCUCAUGUGUUUGUAGAAACAACUUGCAUCAUCGAUCAAGUCUUGGCAUGCUCAAACUCUUUAACACAACAUCAGAUCUCUGUAUUUACUUUGUGGGCUUGGACACUCUUUCAUACACGUUAUUUGCUAGCUAGGACAAUAAAAUGUGAAAACCUCGCAGAAUGUAUCAUAUCUCACCCACUGUGCAUUGUGCCAUACAUACUUAAGCUUUUUUUUGUCGUUUUGCUUCUUCUUGAGCGCAGCUAGCUGUGACACAACGCUAAUGCUAAUUCCUCCUUCAUGGGUCACCACGUUACACCACACACCACAUCUGCCUCUACAAGCUUACAUGAUGAAGUGAAGAUAGGUAGCUGAAUGCUUGCUUUCUCUUGGAUACACACACACACACACACACACACACACACACACACACAGAGCACACAUAGUUCUGCUUUCGCAUGUUAAAAUGUUGGACUGCAGGUCCCAUUUAUUUUUUAAGAGUGAAGUGUUUAUCAAUGUUUUCAUUCAGAAAUGUGAACAUAGCUGCACAGGGGCAUUAUUGUGUGAGUGAGGAGAAGUCACCCAUCAAAUGGUUUAAGGGUAGAAGAACUAUUAUGCUUUGUGUAUUAUAACAUGUUUUAUGUAUGUAUAAACUCUGUUUUUGUUUUGUGAUGUGACACAGUGGUUGCCUGUUUUUUUUUUUUUUUUGUUAAAUGACACUUUUUCAGUGCCUUUCAAAGUAUUGUUACCUCUUGAACGUUUCCACAUUUUGCUGUGUUACCUGCCGUGUUUUAAUGGGAUUUUCUGUGAUAGAGCAAACCUCUGUUACAUAAAGUCCCCCCAAAAACACCCUGAAAUUCAUGCCUGUAAUUUGACCAAAUGUGAAAAAGUUUAAGUGAUGUGGGUACUUUUGCGAGGCACUUUCUGUCAAAAAAUGCAAAGUGCAAAACAGGGAAAUGUCCUUUUAAAUGUUGAAGAUUCAUUUGGAAAGUAAAUUCAGUUUUCCCCUAUGAUUCUAGUCAUAGAUCACGCAGUAGCAGAUUUCACUGUCACAAAAUGCCUGCAAGAUUUUAGAGCGCAUAUUUUUUACACCUUCGGGAGAGCAAAAUAGUUUAAAUAGCGUCUUUGUACAUCUCCAAUGUGCACUUUAUAUAUAAAAUUAUAUUUGUAUAUAAAAAUAGUAUCUUAUAUAUCAUUCCCAAAGCCAAGCCAAUUAAAAUCACACAUUUUUUUCUACUUAUAGAGUUUCUUAUUAGAUUAAUCUGAAACCUUUUGCGGGUGUCAAGGUUUGUCAUUUUUUAAAUGGUGCAAAGCCUCAUUUAUUCACAUGUACACAAUUACUAUACCGAAUGUAGCAGCUCAACUGAUCUGCAUUUGCUCCCUGAUACUCAGUGCAGUUUCUUGCUUUGUAUAUUUUUUUUAUGUUUUAUCUAUGCACAUGCAAGUUGUGAUAUAACUGAUUUUAAAAUUGAAAGGGCAAUUAAUGGUUUUUUUAAGCAUGAUUUUUGAUACUCUACUAUACAUUUCUGUCAUGUUGUGUCUUUAAUAAACCAUAUCUCUUUUUAAUCUAAGUGGUGGCAAUUCAAGGGGAACUGUGUAAAACUGUGAACAUAUAUUUGUAAUUUACAGGUCUAUGUAAUUUUUACAUUUUUGAAAAAAAGAGUAUUCAAUAUUCAUACCACACAAUAAAUGUAUUGGUAAUAAAUAUUG